AAAUGUGCAUCCCGAGACAACCGUAACCCAGAAGAGUUUCGUGUGUGCGCGGACACUGUUUGUGAUGAAAAUGAAACCGGAAUCAUCAUCGACGGCGCUGAGCUCGCCGUUGAAGGGGUUGGUGGAAUUCCUGCGGCUCAUUUACGCCAAGUGCUACCGUAAAGUGGUUCGAGAAUGCAACCAACAAAUGAGCUACGCUAUUCGCCGGCUGCUGCGGGCAGCCAUGUGCGUUUUCAGCUGGUUCGUGAUGCCGUACUCGCAGUGCGUGAGUGGCCGAAUAGCACGCCGGAAGUUGCCCCCGAUCGAGAACCCGCUGCUGCUACAAUCGGCCACGGUGUUGGCGGAGCGUAUCCGCAAGGGUGAAGUCCGCAGCGAGGACGUUUUGCGGGCGUACAUCGAUCGCUGUCAGCAGGUGAACCCUCUCCUAAACGCCAUCGUCGAGGAUCGGUUCGAGGAUGCUCUCGAGGAGGCACGUCAGAUCGAUCGGCAGCUGGCCGAUGGCAGUCUGGGACCGGUGCAAGAGCUGGCCCGUACUAAACCACUGCUGGGGUUGCCCGUUUCCAUCAAAGAGAGUCUUGCCGUUGAGGGCAUGAGUAACACGGCUGGCCGGAAGUUGCGUGAAAAGAAGGUCGCUCUGGCAGAUGCCCCGGUUGUGCGGCAGAUCCGGCAAGCCGGUGGUGUGGUGCUACUGGUGAGCAACACUCCCGAGUUGUGUCUCUGCUGGGAGACGUAUAAUCAGUGUACCGGAUUGACCCGCAACCCGUACAACCUGCAACGUACGGCCGGAGGCUCAUCGGGAGGUGAGGCUGCUUUGAUCGCGUCCGCAGGAUCACUGCUUGGCGUUACGACCGAUAUCGCCGGUUCGUCUCGACUUCCGGCCAUGUUUACGGGCGUAUUUGGCCACAAACCAUCACCGUACGUCGUGUCUCCGUACGGACAUCAUCCGUCGUGUGAUGACGAGAACUGGGGCAGCUUUUUCACGCCGGGUGCCAUGUGCCGGUAUGCCGAGGAUCUACCACUGUUGCUGGGUGCGAUGUGUGAUCCGGCUGGGGCAUCCGUUACACUAGACCGUCCGGUUCAGACGGGAGCGAUUCGAUGCUACUACAUGGAAAACGACGGUCCAUCGGGAUUGACGCGUCCCAUUGAUCCGGACAUUGUACGUGCGAUUCGGGAUGUGGCCACACACCUAAACGCCCAGCGUGUCCACUUAAAACGACUCCGUUGGACACUCGACAUCUCGAUCUGCAAGAUGCUGCGGAUGCGCAACAUCGAGACGAUCUACAGCCCGCAGGCGAACGGAAAACCAGACACGACGAUCAAGCGCGAACUGUUGCGGUAUCUGUUGGGCCGGUCCGACUCCGAUCUGCCGUCGGUUAUGAUUGGACCGAUGCAGCACAUCGUUAACCACUACAUUCCGCAGUCCCGGCUCGAUUUUCUCGAUGGGCAGACCGAGAAACUCCGCAAGGACUUCAUCGAUCUGCUCGGGACGGAUGGGGUGUUUAUCUAUCCUGGCUUCCCGAACACGGCCCACCGGCACUAUCGCAUCUUCCACAAGCUCGUCGACACGACGUACAUGAUGGUGUUUAACACCGUCGGAUUGCCGGCCGCCUCCUGCAUGGUCGGGUUCGAUCGAGAGAAACUCCCCAUCGGUGUGCAGGUUGUGGCCGCUCCGGGCCAGGAUCAUCUGAUCUUCGCCGUCGCUAAAGAGCUAGAGCGACGGUUUGGUGGUUGGGUGCCGCCAUCUUAAGCACCCUUAGCCGCUCUUUUAGCGUCCUUUUUUUAGCGAAAAUCUUCGGCGGCCCAGCCGUCAUCCCGAUUGUGAUUAUUUCGAGCUUAUAAACUCAAACUUCCGUAACCGUGGGUUUCGUUUGACGUUUUGAUUCGUUCGGAGUCCUGUGCGCACGCCCUGAGUGAGUGUGCGUGUACCAUAUCGAGCGGCCGGAAAUGCGCGGGAUUACUAUCUGCUCCUGGCGCAGGUCCUCGUUCUGGUUGUUUCCGUUUGGCUCAUCGAUUUUGGAGUAUCGAAUUUAUGAUGAUAAUGACACACACCCACAAAUGUUUCAUAGGCGCAUGAAGUUAUCCGUUUGCAUGCGUAGUUGGCUGUUAUAAAUGUUUAGCGAGAGGACAGGUGGGGUUGGUUUACGUAAAACGAAGCGUGGAAUGUUUAACAGUGGACAUAUUAUAUAGUAUAAUAAACGUAUCAUUAAUA